AUGAUUAGUGAAAGAGAAGAUUGCGGACUACCGAGUGAAGAAUGGGAAAACAAGUUAACCACCGCCCAAGAAGAAUACCAGCAAAAAAAAAUAAAUAUUGAAGAAUUAAACGGCUACUUGACUGAAUUAGCCGGAAUACUAGCCAAAAGCAACGAAGAGAUUAAACGAGAAAUAACAAAAAAUACUCAUUAUCCUCUAACUAGGCAAAUUGUUCAAGCAUUACCUUCUGAUAAAAACAAUAACCAGGAAUUCGUUACUUCGGUAAUCGACAAAGAGGAAUUUGAGCAACAAAAAGCUCGGAUUUCCGCUAAACAUCAAGAAGACACUCUCGAAAAAAUUGAACAAACAGACAAAGAAUAUCAGAAUUUAACUCACAAAGGAACCUUUCUUAGCCAAAAUCUAGAUUUUCAAAAAUUAUCUACUAUUGUUAAUGAUUUCGAUAAUUUUUUUGCUAAACUUGCUCCCCAAUCACAAAUGGAUUAUUUAGUGCAAUUAUUAGUAAAUAUUUUGCAACCUUUUCCCCAAAAAGACUAUGAGGUAGUAAUUUAUGACCCUUGUUGCGGUAGUGGUGGAAUGUUUAUUCAAAGCCAAGAAUUCAUUACUAAAAAUAAAAAAGCCCGUAUGAAUCUGCUUUUGCAUGGUCUCAAUCCUAAAUUAGGGGAGCGAGCCGAAGACACUUUUAAAGAGGAUUUACACCCCCAAAAAAAAGCCGAUUAUGUUAUUACCAAUCCCCCUUUCAAUAUCUCUGACUACUGUUGA